AUACAGAUAAAUAAAUACAGAAAAUAAGAAACAGAAGGCAUUUGAACCCAGUCUGGCACAAAGAGAAGUUUUAUGUGUGAGACAAGCCUAUGCACAAUCUUUAUGCACACGUACCAUUUACCACAUAGAAGCUAAAUAUAUGUACAAUGUAAUUAUAGGUAGCCCAUUUUCUUUAUUCCAGGCUUUUAACUAAAUAUUCCGCAAACGGAAAUACACAAUGGACAAAAAAACAUAGUAGUUCGUACAAUAUUUUGCCUAUGAUAAUUGUUUACCAUAUAGCUAUAAUAAUAAACAGUUGACAUUAUUGUCGGUAGGUACUAUACUGUACAUACGUCCAAGCCUGAGUUUCUGCAAAGAGGCAGAGUGAGUUUAGUUUCUGUUUUGUUUCUUGGUAACUUGUGGGUGAGGUCCAUUUCAACCAAUGAGGAAAGAAUAGCACAGACGAUCCCUGUGUGUGAAAAAGAAUGGCUGCCAGGUUGUCUCUCUUGGAGGAGCACCUCUCUUGUCCCGUUUGCGGUGACAUCUUCAGGAAUCCGGUGGUCCUCAAAUGCAGCCACAGCUUCUGUGAGGAGUGUCUGCAGAAAUACUGGAAGGAAAUGGAGAAUCCGCUGUGUCCCGUAUGCAAAAAAGAGUGCUCAUCUGAGGAGCAGAGUUUAAGCCUCGCCUUAAAGAGUCUCUGUGAUUCCUUACAGAACGGGGGUGAAAACAUCAGAUCUGAUAACAACUGCCAGCUGCAUGGGGAGAAACUUAAAAUCUUCUGUUUCGACGAUAAACAGCUCAUCUGUGUUGUCUGCUACACAUCAAAAAAACAUAAAGGCCAUGACUGUUAUCCCGUUGAGGAGGCUGUGCCGGAUUUGAAGAGUGAAAUCCAGGCUGUGGUUUCCACUUUGAAGAACAAACUAGAAAACAAGAACACAGCCAAGAUGUGUCAUCAAAGCUGGGUGGAGCACAUAAAGGGCCAGGCCCAAUUUGCAGAGGAGCAGAUCAGCAGGGAGUUUCAGAAACUCCACCAGUUCCUAGACGAGGAAGAGACGGCCAGGAUAGCUACCCUGAGAGAGGAAGAACAGCAGAAAUCUGAAGUGAUGCAAGAAAAAGCUGAGGCAUUGACCAGAGAGCUCACAACCCUUUCAGAGAUGAUUGUAGUUAUAGAUAAGGAAAUGGAAGUUGACGAUAUCACAUUCCUGCAGAACUACAAGGCCAUACUUAACAGAGCCAAUUGCACAUUCCCAGAUACUGAAGAUACUCAGGUAGUGUCAGGAGCACUGAUUGACGUGGCCAAACAUGUGGGAUCUCUCAAGUUCAAAGUCUGGGAGAAGAUGCAUGAGUUUGUUGACUACACUCCUGUGACCAUGGAUCCGAACACAAUGUCCACUAAGUUCACACUCUCUGAUGACCUCACCACUAUGACAUACUGUGACGAGAGGCAGAGUCUCCCAGACAAUCCCGAAAGGUUUCUUAACGUAGGAGUGUUGGGUUCUGAAGGGUACAGUAAAGGCAUCCAUUACUGGGAUGUGGAGGUUGGAGAUAAUGAUAACUGGAUCUUAGGAGUAGCCAAAGAGUCCAUUCCACGCAAGAAGCAAGUCAAAAUGGAGCCUCAGAGUGGAUUGUGGAUCAUCAAAUACAUCAGUGGCAAAUACAAAGCAUGUAUAAAAUCGCAUGUCCAGAUCAAAGUAGAUGAGAGCCCACAAGUGAUCCGAGUUCGACUGGACUGUGACAAAGGGGAGGUGACAUUCUGCGACAUCACCAAGAACACGACUCUCUACACCUUCAAAGACAGAUUCACUGAAAAGGUGUUCCCGUACUUUAAUAGUGGAAGUAAGAUUUGCCCACUGCGCCUUUUUGUAGCGGGAAAGGCGAAAACUAGCUAAUUGCCAGGGUCAAGUGAGGACAAACUGACAUUAGCUGGAAGUUUUUUAAUUUUUUUUUUUAGCUUUAUUUAACUAGGCAAGUCAGUUAAGAACAAAUUCUUAUUUUCAAUGACGGCCUGGGAACAGUGGGUUAACUGCCUGUUCAGGGGCAGAACGACAGAUUUGUACCUUGUCAGCUCGGGGGUUUGAACUUGCAACCUUCCGGUUACUAGUCCAACGCUCUAACCACUAGGCUACCCUGCCGCCCCGACUAAAACUCCAUGUAAUUAAAAUGAAGACUUUCCUUUAAUGUUUUUUAAAAUUUUAUUUAUUCGUUAUUUUACCAGGUAAGUUGACUGAGAACACAUUCUCAUUUACAGCAACGACCUGGGGAAUAGUUACAGGGGAGAGGAGGGGGAUGAAUGAGCCAAUUGUAAACUGGGGAUUAUUAGGUGACCGUGAUGGUUUGAGGGCCAGUUUGGGAAUUUAGCCAGGACACCGGGGUUAACACCCCUAAUCUUACGAUAAGUGCCAUGGGAUCUUUAAAUGACCGCAGAGAGUCAGGACACCCGUUUAACGUCCCAUCCGAAAGACGGCACCCUACACAGGGUAGUGUAAUCACUUCCCUGGGGCAUUGGGAUAGUUUUUAGACCAGAGGAAAGAAUAAGACACACUGCCAUCUGAGAAGUAAUGAACAAGUGUUUUAAGCAGUUGAUACAGUAUAUAAAACAUUUAAUGUCAGUAAUCAAAAUAAAUGAUAUGUAAGUUUCAAUUGCACCUUCCUAGUCAUUCAAUUAACACUUGCAUUUACACAUUCACAAAAAGUUUGAAUGUACUGUCAUUAAAGAUAUCAACCACUAGAUGGGGGUAUCCAGCUAUAGACAUCCCUAUUGCUCAAUGCCACACUGUAAAAUGUGCGUACAGUCAGAGUAGGUUCCUCUGAGCUGAGACAAAACCUUGUAAAAAAACUAUCAUACAAUGACAAUACAUAUUAGGUUUCAAUGAGAUCCAGGUGGAUGGGUAAAGGGGUCUCACCCUAUAGUACUAUGAAUCUCUGAACUUGGAUUUCAGUUUUUGAUCAGGGCACAGGACCGUUUGUGGGCAGCUACUAGAUGGGUCCAGUGGCGACCCAUCAUUCAGGGCAGUUGAGUUUUUUUGUUUUGUUGCAUGUUAUUUUGGCAUUAAUACAGUAUGUGUCAUAUCAGUUUGCAAACAAUGUCAAUUAAAAAUGUCAUACAUUGAGUCAGUAAAACUG